UGUCCAUUCAUUACACCACUUCGUUUGUGUUUUUACGUUUCAUUUAAUCGCCGUCCGUGAUCGUCAAUGUUAAACUCAAGUUAAAACUUGUAUUUUAGUAAUUUUAAUUUAUAAACUAAUCGUUGACAUUCAGUGAUAAUUCAUGCCGUAUAUUCGUGUAAAUAUGUAGUAUUUCAGCUUAAAUUUUGGUAUUAUAUUAGGACUACAGCAAUGGUGUAAUUAAUUGUAAUAUUGAUAAUUUUUCAGGUUAGGCCUGAAACAAAACAAUUACAGAUUUAUUUUCUUUGGAACUAGAACAGUUUCCACCAUGGCUGACCAGGGUAAGGGGAGUGAGCAGUCAACUAGCGCUGAGAGUGAACAUGCUAAAGCUGUGGAAUUCAAAAACUCUGGAAAUCAUAGAUAUAGUAAAAAUGACUUCAAAAGAGCCAUAGCCGAUUAUAAAAAAGGUUUAUUACAUGAGCCAAAUAAUUCAGAGCUGCACACCAACCUGUCAGCGGCAUAUAUUCAUUUGGAAAGAUAUAUUGAAGCUGAAGAACAUGCUGUAUUUGCUAUUCAGCUAAGGCCAAACUUUUAUAAGGGGUACAUGAGAGCAGCUAAGGCCGCCCAUGGGCGAUGUAUGACGAAGUUGGCCCUGAAGCGCAUCACUGCAGGGUUGGCAGCUGUCACCGACACUCAUGGCAUCAAGGAGCUCACCAGGCUUAAGACACAAUACACAGCUUAUCUGUCACUGGCAGCUAAUGCGGAGCAAGAAAUUAACUUUGAUUCUGAAAUGUACCAGAGCGAAGAUGAAGAUGAAGAGGGAGAUACAGAUGAUGAGGAUGCACUGCCUCCCCCUGCAUCCUCUAUUGAGGUUCCAGUGGAACCUGCACUUGCAAUAGAACCUAUGCAGACCAAGGUGCCAGAGCCUUCACAAGCCGCCAUCAAAGAUGAAAAUUCUGUGAAAGUUGAGGAUCCAGAUCCACUGAAGCCUGAAGAACCGUCAGACAGUACAGACCCAACCAGUGACGCUGCAACGGUUGAAGAUUCUAAAGGGACAACUUCAGUACCAGAGCUAGGCAAAGGUAAAAACAAAGACACAGCAGAGAAAGAACCUGAUAGAUUUUUAGAAUUGUGUAAAGAAUUAGUAAGAGAUCCAGAUCUGAAGAAACAUGUUCAAGAGUUCAAGGACCUGCUGAAGGAAGGAAGUGGAGCUUUUCUCAGUCACAACUACCGUAAAGCUGCAGAAUGCUUUAAAUCUGCCAGAGAGCGGGUAGGAAAACUUACUGACUUUGAUAUUGAUGACAGACAGUACAACAUAAUAAAGUAUGCACAUUGCGCUGCUCUCGUCAGCUCUGACUCGUACGAUGAAAUAGUUAAGGCUCUGCAGAUGCUUGGCGAAAUGCAUACCUACGAGUUCACCAUACCUGCUUUGUACAUCCAGACAGCUAAGGCCUACUGCAAACUGAAUAGGUUCAAAUCAGCCCAGGAACCUCUGGACAAACUUCAAGAAAUCAUAGAUAAUUAUGUAAUAUUUCCUUCUUAUACAUGGCCUGAAACUAAUGAAAUCAUCCAAGAAACCACACCAAAUGGUCUAAAGGAUGCCAUCAAGGAACUCAACCAGAUAUGUCGAAUACCUCACAAGCCUACGGCUAUAUGUCGAUAUCAAAACUGUUUGAAAAUUAGCACUCAUAUCCUUCCAUCAGAGUUGAUCCACAUAAGUGAUCCGGAUUUUGUUGGCUUUGUGCGAAUGAUCUGUGAAGAAAAAUGUCAUAUAGAAUUUCACAUCUCCUGCUGGAAGGCCUAUAAAGAAUAUGUAAGCGGUCUUAGUAGAAUUAAUGAUAAGGAAAUGGUCGGUACGAAAUGUGUCACGACUGACUGCAUCAACAGUGCAGGGGAGCCAUCGUUGAUCACCACUAUUGAGGUCAUUGGAGCAGAUGGACAAGUGAAGUCAAUCAACAAGCUGGACACUAAAAAUUCAUCAAAGUCCAUUAGAAAGGAAAAGAAGAAAAAGACUGAUAAGAAAGAUGACAAAGACAAGGAUCAAAAAUCGAAAAAAAAGAAAGAAAAGAAAAAGCAGGAUAAGAAGAAGGCCCCCCAUGCACCAGCCGUUAUGGAAUACAAUGAAGAUGUGGGUAGUAAAAGAAGUGCUGAAGAUACAGUGAUGCUCAUGGAUAAGUACAGGGAGCAUCUGUUGGACCUGAGGACGUUGAAUUUUGGCCUCAGUAACAAUAAUUAUUGGAAUCCUCAACUCUCCUUUUUUGGAAAAUCCAGUGAAACCAUAAAGGCCAGCCUUGGGACAUUUUUGGAAGAUGAUAGUAGUGACGUUUCUGUGCGAGAUGCCAAGGAAUUCAUUUUUUCAUUUUUCUUCCAAAUACUUACAAAGGAAGGGCCUCUGAAGCAGAGAGAUGUCGAAGAUUUGUGGAAAGACUCAGACGUGAAUAUCGUUCUUCCAAGUGUCAAAAGUAUAUGUGACAUAUUGCUUGAGUCAACGCGGUUCUGCCGCAUUGAAGACUACAUCUGUUUGUCAGAUCAAAUAGAGGAUUUAUACAACACAGUUAAAACUGAAGUGGCAGAAACAUUCAUCAUGAUGAAUUUUGAUAACCCCUUGAAGUCUGCCAGUACUCCACAGACCAGUAGCCAACUCAGCAGCAGCCUACCUGAUCUCAUCAGUGACAACACUCAGACAGCUGCGAUGUCAUCCAGCGAAGAUGAGACAGAGUCAGAUGAAGACAACAGUGAUGAGAGUGAAGAGUCAGAAGAUGAAGACAGUGAGGUUGAAGAUAGUGUUGAAGAAAAACCAUCAGUUGUAAAUGAUUUACACAAUAUAAUUAGGAUUGAAGAAGAACCUAUCGUGAGGAAACUGACUGAAGAAUUGUACAGCAUGCCUGGAGAUUUAAAAAUAAAUGAGUUUUCUGUCCACGAGUUGUUACAGCAGUUUGAACAGAUGAAGCAGCAUUUGAAAAUCAAAGAAAGUAUCCAGGAAAUUAAUGAAACCAAAAAAACCUAUACAAUUGUAAAUGACGACAUUCCUAAUGUCGUGAAAAGUAGCUCCGUUACUGCUAACGAGAACGCAACAACCAGCACCAUUACUGCUAACGAGAACGCAACAACCAGCACCAUUACUGCUAACGAGAACGCAACAACCAGCACCAUUACUGCUAACGAGAACGCAUCAACCAGCACCAUUACUGCUAACAAGAACGCAACAACCAGCACCAUUACUGCUAACGAGAACGCAACAACCAGCACCAUUACUGCUAACGAGAAUGCAAUAACCAGCACCAGCGAGGAUCAAGCACCUUCUGAGGCGGUCGAAGUUGAACUGUUAGAGGAUAAAUCUCAAGAAGAAAUCGGUGAGGAGGUCUUGAGUGUAAAUGAAGAUAAUGGUUCAAACAAAACCGAGACUCCAAGUGUCAAUACUGUUGAAGACUCAAAGAAGAACAACACUCUUGGUUCAGGUGAUGCGAACGUAGCUGUAGAGUCCAGUGAACACGUUGAGUGCAGCAGAGCGUCUCAGAGUGAAAUGUCGACUAAGGAGCGCCACAUGCAAACCUCUCCACCAGAAACCAGGGAUAAAUUCUCUCAGACAAAGGAGCCUGACUUGUACAAGGAGUUGAAUAAAAAAAUUCAAGAUCUUAAUAAUCAGUUGGCAGCAUUGAGUAAAGAAACCUCUAAUUUAAGCAAGCAACUUACUAGCAAAGAAGCUACGAUCGCACGGAUGGAAAAAUCUCAUAAGACAACUAUUUCACACAUGGAACAAGAGAAACAGAAAAUUUUGGAGUUCCAUAGGAUUUUCCAGGAGAAUGUGAAAGAACAGUUUUCAAAAAAUGAAAUGGAAAUAAAACGAACUAAAGAAGGACUAGUAAAAAGUAUGAGGGAUAUGAGUUCGGCACAUGCUGUGGAAAUUGCCAUGUUCAAAAAUGAAAAGGAGUCUUUGUUGAAGGAAAAGGCAGAACUCAAAAAGUCAAUUGCUGAUGUUGUACAAGAAUUUGAAUCAAAGUACUCCACGUUACAAAAGAAUAUGAAAACAAUGAUACAAAAAGCUCAACAUUCUCACCUGCAGACGAUCAAAAGUUACUGGGAGAGACAGAUUACAUCGCUCAAGAUGCGUUCUAUCGACAAGAUCUCAGAAAUGCAGAAUUGGUUCAGUAUGUUCCCACCGGCAGAAGUAGAGGAUCUACCAUCUUGGGGGCUGAUAAGGCAGAAUACUGUUCAGUGCAGAGACUUCCACAAUACAAUUCAGCAGAUGGAAGUUAACUUCCAGGUGAAGUGUGAUGAGCUGGAGGCUAAGAUAGCCCGAGGUGAGGUUGUGGAAGACCUGGCGACACAGUUGGUACUGACCCUACCUGAUGAGCCGCCACCACCGCUUCCACUGGACAAGAUACACAAGGAGAUCACGGAAAAAUAUCUCAAGAAAAUAACAGAGUUAAAUAUUCUGGUGGCUGACCAGCAACUGCAGAUUAAAAAGAGCAAAAUUGCUAACCAGCAGAUCCAGCAAAUUAUGAACUCGUUCCAAGUAAUGUCUCACUUGCAGACACCAACAAGCUCUGAGUUAGGUGGCCUGCCAUUUCAAUACCCAUACACUCAGUCCGUACCACCGCCUCCAGUGCCCACAAUCCCUCCCCCAAGUUCUGAUGCAGCUAAAGUUGGCAGCGUUUCAAGUUUGUUCUUUCUACCACCAGAUGCACAACAUUUGCUGAGUGAAAACUCUAACUCUGCUGACUUCAACAAAAACACCCCAGUGACCCAAAUUGACACUGCAAGUUUUAGUGUCCCGAUUACGACUCCCCCACCGGUCAUCAUGCCAGAGUCAAGUCAAAGGAUGACCGCACCACCUCCUCCCUUGGGCAUGGCUCAUGAGCUAUUCAAGUCCAUCACAGCUUCAACUGAGAAAAAGGAUCAAACUACUCCGAUGCCGGAAGCCAAGACUAAGAUCAGCUCAUCGAGAGAGUCAACGCCAACACCCGUGUCUGCUCCUGCUCCUGAGAAGUCUAAGAAGAAGAAGAAGAAGAAAGGCAAGUCUGAGAGCACAGAGGUAGUCCCAGAAGUCAGGACGGCCACUCCUGUCAGUGUGGAACCAGAAUUGUCGGAGUCGGACUGCUACGGGGGACCAUCUGAGUGGAAAGUCGUAAUACAGAAAGGGGCAAUGAAGCCUGCGUUUACUACACCAUUUGUAGUGCCAGAAGUAAAGACAAAAAACAAAAAGAAAUUGCUGGACAAAUUGCAAAUGAAGUUCCCAACUACACCUCUGAAAGAACUGGAUGAUAUCGUCAAACAAGUGCGAGAAAAAAACAAUGGCUCUCUCUCUGGUCUACCUUUUGAUGAGAUCGAGACGAGAGUCGAAAGGUUGCUUACCAUGAGACAUUUUCAGAAAACAUCAACAAUGGGUCUUGUCAAGUUUUCGGAGUCCGCUUGGGGUACUGUGAAGCAUCAAGACACAAUAAACGUGAAAGACUUGCAAUGUGAGAAUUGCGUGAUUUGUUUUGAAGUCUUGGGAAAAGAAAGAACAAAACUGGGUUGCAACCAUGAGUUUGAUACCAAGUGUAUUCGUGAUUGGCUGAAGAGGAAGAGUGUAUGUCCACUUUGCAAUGAGUUCACCACAAUGCCAGACGAGUUUCCAGCACUUUAGAUUUCUAAUGAUGUCGUCUUCACCACUCAGUGAUAAAUGUCACAAGAAUGAAACAUUGUUGUAUUGUAGACUUACCUUAAAUUUGUUAACUAGAAGUUUUUUGUUUUUCCAUGAAGAUAUUUUAAAUUGUAUAUGUCUUGUAAUAAAAGUCUGUCAACUUUAAA